UCUCUCCGGGGCUCCCUCCCCAGUCUCUCCUUUCAAAAGUUUGAGAUUGAAAAGAAUCAGACCAGCCCACAAAGCGUGCUUAUCAGUAUCAAAAUCAAAAUCAAAAGUUUAUAAAAAGCAAAGCUACCAAAAAUCUCCUUGCUAUUGUGCCCCCCCCUCUUUCUCUCUCCCCCACCCCUUCCUCUCUGUCUGUGCUCCUUUAUUGUAGUGUCUUGUUAUUCUUGUUGUCUUGCUGUGGUUUCUAAUUUCUACCAAGGCUCUUCUUAUAUUCUGUCUCAUCCUCUUACUUCUUCAGUGUCCGAGUUUUUUCACACCUUCCAAGUUUGCACGCUGCUUUUCGGUUUCUCUUUUGCUUUCCCGUGGUUCACAUAUCAAAGUGGAGUUGCUAUCUGAAGGAUUUUCAUCAGAUGGAUGUGAGGCCAAGAAAUGAGGAGGUUUCUCCUCAGCUGCUAGAUUUGAUCCCAAAGGAUCAAAAAGAAUGGCAUGUGAACGACACAGACGAAGGAGGAAGAACCCAAAACAACAGCAGCAACAACAACAAGAACAAAGACAAGUCUUGUUGUGAGGAGAGAAAACUUGAGCUCAGACUUGGCCCACCUGGUGAAGAUUGGUCUCUCAAUCAUGAUACCACCAAAAACAGUGAUGAGUCUCUACUCUCUCUUGGCUACUUCUCUCAGCAAACUCAGAAAAUCUCUGACUCUCCAUGGGCUUCUUCGAAGGCUUCAUCAUUUCUUCAGUUCCCAUCAUGCAGCCCUCAGAGUAUGCCAGAGAAGAAAGCUUUCUCAUCAUCCUCUUCUGCCAAUCCAGCUGCGCCCUCUAAUAUCUCUCAGAAAAGAACUGCUCCUGGGCCAGUAGUGGGUUGGCCUCCAAUUCGUUCAUUUAGGAAGAACCUUGCAAGCAACAGCACUUCUAAGACAGCUCAUGAGACACAGCAGCAGCAUGAUGUUGCAGACAAGGUUGCUGGGAAGAAACCUGUUGUUGACAACGUUGGUAAAGGUUUGUUUGUGAAGAUCAAUAUGGAUGGAGUUCCCAUCGGGAGAAAAGUGGACCUUAGUGCUUAUGACAGCUAUGAAAAACUCUCCUCUGCAGUUGAUGAACUCUUCAGAUGCCUCCUAGCUGCUCAAAGAGAUUCCUCUGUUGGAGGAAUCCAGAACAAGGAAGAGGAAGAAAAAGCUAUCACAGGUUUAUUGGACGGGAGUGGGGAAUAUACUCUUGUUUAUGAGGAUAAUGAAGGAGACAGGAUGCUCGCUGGGGACGUGCCAUGGCACAUGUUCGUAUCAACUGUGAAGAGGCUGCGGGUGUUGAAGAGUUCUGAGCUUUCUGCUUUUACCCUUGGUAACAAGCAAGACAAGAAAACCACUUGACGAGGAGGCAAUGAUUGAAACUGAGGAAUGGGCGAAGCUGUUUAAAGUCAACAUUUUGGUUCUUUCACUGAUGAAGAUCAGGAGAAAAAAAUGAAGCUGUUAGCUGAUAUAUAUAUAUAUAUAUUUAUGGAUACAUAUUACUGGUCCUAAGUGACGUGUAUGAAUGCAAAUUUUAUGCUGAUGCGAAGUAGAAUUAGGAGAAAGGAAGAACCUGAACGGAGUGUGUGUACUUAUGUGCUGUUGAGUAAUCUAUCUGCUUGUUUUGGUUUGUAUGCUGAAACCCUUGUGUGGCAAUUGUGGAUAGAACUGCUGAGUUCUUUUUCCAUUAUUAAGGAUUUUAAAGUACCCUCUA